AUGACUCUUCAGACUCCAAACCUAGGAAUCUUGGACCGGCUUCCUCGUGAAGUCCGCGACAUGGUAUGGGAGUAUAUAUGUGCUCCGAGAGGCGACCAAUCGAAUCCACAUACGAAGAAUAACCUGGCCAGUCUCGGAACAUGUCGUCAAGUAUACGAAGAACUCUCUGCGAAAGUGUACGACCAUGAGACUUUUAUCAUCCGGGUAUCGCCCAGAUAUCAGGUCAAUUCCUGGUUGUGCUUUGAGAACUCUCGAGGUGCGAAAUGGCAUGUGAAAGGCCUGGAAGACGCCAGAACACGGGGAUUCGCGAACCUUCCAUAUAAGAGACUGAAGCAAGUCACAAUCAGCAUCGAAGCCACGCAACAUAUUCCUGGAAGGGAAGAUCAAGGUCAAAUCAUCUGUCUCUUUUUCAAGAUGAGAGACCUCACAGAAAUUCUUUUGGAAGCUAAAAAAGGCGGCCUGCACAACAUUGAGCUCGAAUUGCUUGAUUUAGGAACAGGGAAAUGGUACGAGGGAGGGUGGCCAAAGACGACCAUUCUACUUAUCCAGGACGCUCCAUCAUUUGUGCCCGAGUACGACUUUAGUAUUGUGUGGCUUCCGCUCUACUCAUUCGCUUCAUUUCUUCCAAGUAUGAAACUUGGCCAACUUCCAUGCGAGAUGCGUGAGUUUUUGAUGGGCGAAAUAACGGCACAAGAAGCAGAUCAAGAGACAAGGUCCGACGAGAAGGCCAAAGAAAGGUCAGACAUCCUCUACGCUCACUUCGACCUCGCCUUGGAUGGAGAAGAAGGAGAGACUGCAGACAUGCUGCGUUUGCAUCGGUUCAGCACUUGGUAUCAGCGAGGAGCCAACCACGGAUCGGAAUACCUCAGAGAGCUCGAAAGAAUAUGGAGAGAUCGCGCAUGGGAAGCUGCAUGGAGAGACGGGUGGAAUGAGAACGACUCAAUUGCAAUCGAAAAGCGGUGCUAUAUGUUUCAUUCUCUCAAUCCGUUGUACGCAAAAAGACAAAGGGGGAGAUCGACACAGAGAAUAGCUGGGCCGUUUGAUAAGAGCCCUCAAUUUAGCGAGGUUUUGAAAGAUUGCCUACCCGCUGUAAAUCUUGAGGGCGUGUGGGAUAGAGAUGAGUGGUUCCGCUGCUACCCAGCUGGAAUCAAGCCUUGGAAAUUCAUCACGGAGGGAUGGAGAUUACCUCUGUAUAACGAAGAGGGACGCAUUUAUAGAGAUGCGAGCGACGCCUUUGCCGAUCGAUUUGGAGGUCAAGCUUCCCGAUGUCUUUUGUAUCUGUUUGGGGACGAGGUUGAAUAG